AUGCUCAGGACCAAGCUGAAGAAACCCAAGGUGACCUCAGGGGGGCAGAAGAACAUCUCAGCCUUCUUUUCCUCUCAAAACCAGAAGGACUUAUCUUCCACAAAACUGUCAGUAACUGAUGCUGCUUUCACCAAGACUGAACCACAAAUCAAAGAUGAGGAAGUCUCAAUAUUCAGAGCCCAUUCCCCCUAUAAGAGGAGUAUUCUUGGGAACGUUGAGAACCUCCUUCCCUCCUCACCAGAUCUCCUCCUCUCUGUGCCUGAAACCCCCAACAGUCAGAUCAGGCUCUCUUCCACCAGAAACCUAGGUCAAGUAAGCCCCCAGCCCAGCAGAGAUGUUGAAAGCCAAGGGAUGUUCGGCCAGCUGUCCCCAAUCUGCCGAAGUCCCUGCUCCAAAGGGACAAGUGUACGGAGAGUAAUGACUGAGGGGGGACUAAGAGCCAAGAAGGAAGAGGGAUGUUCUGGCUCCUCGAAAAGACUCUUUAGCCCUCCUGAAGAGUCCCAAAAUGCAAAGAGGCCAAGAACUGCCAAUUUAUUGGCACGAAGAAAUGAGAGUCCCAUAGCAUGUGACAUAAAUGUAACAAGGCCUGUGAUUGAGCCUCUAAAGAAACCACACAUAUCUAAUGACCAGUCUGAGAGAUCAGAGGGUCAAACCUUUGGGCUCAGUUCCUCCAGAGCCAGUGAGGUGAUCUUUAAUGACAACAGAAAGAACACAACAGUGCACAGCAAGUCUUUCAACUCUUUGAGGGAGCAGAUACAACAACAAGAAGAAAGAGAUAAAGAUGAGAGAGCUUCUGGUUUCACUGUCAUUACGGAGCAGAAGGCAGCUGAAGGGAGAGCUAGUGAAAGGCCACACGCUUGUCUGGAUAAUCACACUCACACUCUGACCGUGCACAUACACAAACUCAGUGCACCAGCGGUCACACCCGCACCACAGAGGAGUCCAAAGGAGGAAGAGGAAGGGACUGCAAUAACAGCUAUGAUAUCCUCAGAUGGAGGCAGAGGCAAUGUGACUUCAUCGAAUCAAGGUACAGGUUCUGGAGGUACAUCAGCAUGUCCUGUGGAAGAGAUGAUGGACGAUAGCUGGUUUGCAGAGCAGAUGGAUCUCAGUGAAGGUGUUGUCACGGAGGAUAAAUCCAAGAAGAAACGUAAGGUACCAGACCACGUGAUCCUUUCUGGAGGCGUGAACAACCGAUACUGGGUUUUGGAUGUGGAGGAGAGGCCGGGUCACAAAAUACUGACUAUCUCAUGCUCCAAAUCUCUUCAUCCAACUGAGACGUGUCUGCUGAAAGAUGGAUGGGAGAUGACACUCGUCAGCACUGGUGAUGUGGUGCAUCUGGAGGGUCACUCUGAUGAUGGAUCUUGGUUGGUGGACAGGGAGCAAGGCUUCCUGGUUUUAUACCCCGAUAGCCUCAUCUCCGGCACCAGCAUCUCGAGCUCCAUCCGCUGUAUGAGGCGUGCAGUGCUGGGAGAUAUGUUUAAGAGCUUUGACGGUGGCUCAAAGCAGAUGCUGAACGGCACCAUGGUCCAUGAAGUCUUCCAGAGAGCAGCCACAGCCAAAGAUUUCUCUCUGGAGACCCUGUCGAAGCUGGCUGACCAGGCCCUGUGCAGUCCUCAGCACCUGGGAGACAUGUACAGUUUGGGUGUUUGUCAGGAAGAGAUGAGGCAGGAACUGCAUGAUUACCUGCCCUCACUGGAGCAAUGGGCAAAUGAUUACGUCAGCUCACCAACACCGAAAGCCAUCAGCCUUAAAAUCAACGGUGGAGCUCCAAGCAGGUGUCAGGACUCGGCAACUGUCACGGUUACAAAGCUGGCAGACAUUGAAGAGAAUGUGUGGUCGCCACGAUUUGGUCUGAAAGGGAAAAUUGAUGUGACAGCACGAGUUCGAAUCCAAAGACCCCGAAAUAGUAGUCACAAAACGCCCGAGGAGAAGACCGUCCCCCUGGAGCUGAAGACUGGAAGAGAGUCAAACUCAAUAGAGCAUCGCAGUCAGGUGAUUCUGUACACUAUGAUGAGUUUGGAGAGAUAUAAUCCUGCAGCUGGCUUCCUGCUUUACCUCAAGACUGGCAACCUGCACCCUGUAGUGCCCAGCCACAUGGACCGCCGAGAGCUGCUGAAGCUGAGGAACACCUUGGUUCAUUACAUUCACAACUGUUUGGCGAAAGACAGUGAGCAAAGCCGUUUGGUUAGACUUCCUGACAUACUGACAGACAGAAAAACCUGCCAGUAUUGUCCCCAGAAGAGAAACUGUGCCUUAUAUGAGAGGGCAGUAGAUAGCAGCUCUGCAGAUGUCUCUGAGGAUGUUGUGCGUGACUUCUUGCAGCAGGAAACCGGUCACCUGACUCCUCCACAUCUGAGCUAUUUCUCCCAUUGGCUGUUGCUCUGCUGCCUCGAGGCUGCCACCAUGGAGGCCAAGAACGGCCGAAAGCGUGUAUGGCUUCAGAAGGUUGAAGAGAGUGAGAAGAACGGAAGCUGUGUGGGGAAUCUGCGCCUCAACGGCCCAGUGAUUGUCCAGUCUGAAGGGGUUUUCCUCCAUCGUCUCCAGCGAGGUAGUGUAGUCCCACAGAAGGGUAUGACCAGCAACGGUCUUGCCAGCGGGGAUCGUAUUGUUCUUAGUGACCAGGAAGGUCGUUUUGUUGGCCUGGCAACAGGAUACCUGUGUGAGGUCAGCAGGACAUGUAUCAGCUGCACUCUGGACAGGGACCUGUCUAAGUUCAGUAAUGUGUUGUUUCGGGUGGACAGUGAUGAAGGAGUGGUGGGCCUCAGUACUCACCUCACUAAUGUCUCCAGACUGAUGGAAAGCUGUCAGGACAGUGAUCGACUGAGAGAGUUGGUUGUUGACCUUCGUCCUCCAGAGUUUAUUUCCAACCUCAGUUCUGUUCUGCCCGGAGACGCCAAAGACACUGUGGCCAACAUCCUCAAAGGUCUCAACAAGCCCCAGAAGCAGGCUAUGAAGAAGGUGUUGUUGUCUAAAGACUACACACUGAUUGUUGGCAUGCCUGGCACAGGCAAAACCACAACCAUCUGCACCCUGGUUCGCAUCCUACAUGCAUGUGGGUUCAGUGUGUUGCUGACCAGCUACACUCACUCUGCGGUUGACAACAUCCUGUUGAAGCUCAAGCGUUUCAGGGUCGGAUUUCUCCGUCUGGGGCAGGGGCAGAAGGUUCAUCCAGACAUCAUGCCAUACACAGAGGAAAGUGUCAGGAAGAAAGGAGUUCACACUCUGUCAGAACUGGAGCAGCUUUAUAACAAGGAGCUGAUCGUGGCAACCACCUGUAUGGGCAUCAAGCAUCCCAUUUUCUCACGUCGCCGAUUUGAUUUCUGCAUCGUGGAUGAGGCGUCACAGAUCAGCCAGCCUAUCUGUCUGGGACCGCUGUUCUACGCAAAGAGAUUUGUCCUGGUUGGAGAUCACCAACAACUGCCACCAAUAGUACAAAACAAGGAAGCAAGGUCUCUUGGGAUGGAUGAAAGUCUAUUUAAGCGACUAGAGCUCCAUAGUGAAGCAGUGGUUCAACUCAAUGUACAGUACCGGAUGAACAGACAGAUAAUGUCUCUCAGUAACUGUCUGAUGUAUGAAGGCCGGCUGGAGUGUGGGUCCGAGAGGACGGCAUCAGCCCUGCUCUCUCUGCCCUUCAUGCCCUCCGUCCAGUCGGAGCUGGGUUCCUUUUCUCAGACUCAUCCCCAGCAGGACCUAGCAUGGAUACAGGCCACACUGUUGCCUAGCAACCCUGUUUACUUCCUGGAUUGCUCAAUGGUGCCAGCAUUGGAGUCAGUGGAGCAGGGAGGUGUAAGCAAUCACACUGAAGCUGCCCUCGUACACAUGCUACUUUCACUGCUGAUAAAGGCAGGCUGUAAACCCAGUGAUAUUGGUGUUAUUGCCCCCUACAGACAGCAGUUAAAGAGUAUUACUGCUCUGCUGCAGUCGUCUGCUUUCAGUGGUGUAGAGGUGAAUACAGUGGACAAAUACCAAGGGCGGGACAAGAGUCUAAUUGUGCUGUCUUUUGUCAGGAGCACUGCAGAGGAGGGAAAUCUAGGAGAGCUGUUGAAGGACUGGCGUCGCCUGAACGUAGCCAUUACUAGGGCUAAACACAAACUGCUGAUGGUAGGCUCUGCCUCUACGUUACGACGCUACGCACCUGUGGAGAAACUACUCAAUCAUCUCCAGAAAGAGAACAUGAUUAUCCAGCUGCCACCAGAUGCCCACAAGGCCUUACCCAGCAUGCACCUGUAA